CGCCCCUGGCUCACGUCGGGUGUUGCUUUGGCCGACAGCUGGGGCCGCGAGGAUGGCGGCCCCGUCCAUGAAAGAAAGGCAGGUCUGCUGGGGAGCCCGGGACGAGUACUGGAAGUGUUUGGACGAGAACAUGGAGGACGCUUCUCGGUGCAAGAAGUUAAGACGCUCAUUUGAAACAAGCUGCCCCCAGCAGUGGAUAAAAUAUUUUGAUAAAAGAAGAGACUACUUAAAAUUUAAAGAAAAAUUUGAAGCAGGACAGUUCCAGCCUUCAAAAACAACUGCACAGUCGUAGGCUGUUCCUGACUUUUUCAGAAAGGUGGAAACUAUUCUUUUUGGACAUUCAAAAGUGCUCCAUUGACUGUGGGACAAUAGUAGUUUGAGUCAUGGUAAACAAUAUAUAUAUAACUUAAUUAAAAUGAUCAAGUAACAGGAGAGUCCCUCAAUCAGACAAUGACGAAUUGAAAUAAAAUGGUAUGAAAUAUG